AUGGUUUCCCAGCUGAAGUCUUCAGACAACGAGUCCCUGCCAGUUGGCGCAGUCGGUGGUCAAACUUCGAAUCCCAUCUUACAGAAUGUUAUCUUGCGGGCCGUCCCGGAACAAGAUGCUGUUCCUGCCUUGGACUCCAAGCCCAAGUUGGGCCGGGCCAAUGCUAAACAUGCCGUCAACUCCCUUUUCUCUGACGGCGGCGGCACUAACAUUGCCGAUGGCCUCACAAAGGGGCUUCAGACUCUUGAAAAGAGAAGUCAUCGUAAUCCUGUGGGGAGCAUAAUGUUCUUGUCCGAUGGGCGGGACACUUGCCCAAUGAUUCUGAUGGGCCAGCCCUACCUUCAUCUAUUGCCCCCAUCCAUGCGUCCCGGGAUUGAAAAGAAGCCGUUCUCCAUUCCCAUCCACACAUUUGGUUUCGGCUCAGACCACGACCCGCUUGCGAUGCACGCCAUCGCUAGCCUGUCGGGUGGAACUUUCUCUUUCAUCGAGUCGUACGAAACGGUACAAGACGCGUUUGCAAAGUGCAUCGGCGGCCUCUUGAGCAUUGUGGUUCGUGACCUCCGCCUGACGCUGAGGUCAACAUCCCAUGGCGUGCGCAUCAAUUCGAUUCCUUCCGGAAGCUACCCGAGCGAGAUAUCCGGCCUUCAGGGUUCUCGUGGGGCGAUCACCAUAGGAGACCUUUACGCGGAUGAGGAAAAAGAUUUCCUAAUCGACAUAUCCGUCCCCGCGUACGCCUUCAGUGUCGAAGAGGAUGAAAAUGAAAAUGAAAGGCGGACCCCACUUGUGGACGUCACGUGCUCGUACAAGGACGUGGCCUCGAACGAGAGGGUAGAAAUGGAGUCUGCAGAGAUACAGCGCCCAGGUUUUGUGGCUCCUGCGGAUAUCAAGGUGAAACUGGAAGUCGACCGGCAGAUGAAUCGGCUGCAUGCUGCCGAGGGUUUAGCGGAGGCCCAGCAGGCGGCCGAGAAGGGGAAUCUCGAAGAGGCGCGCGCGAUUCUGUCGAGCACAAGGUCGACUGUUACGGCCUCGGCGUCGGGCCAGGCGGGAGACGGGCUCACGCUGCAGCUGGAGGCGGAGAUGAGAGAGACUGAGGAGAAAAUGGGGUGUAAGAGGACGUACGAGCAGGUGGGCCGGGCCUAUGCCCUGUCGAGCAUGAGUGCACACUCGAACCAGAGGGCCUCUACCAGGCGCCGGGCGGGGUCGGGCACGACUGGGGAUGCCUAUGCGACACCUCAUAUGGCUAAUAUGGUGAGCAAGUCUCAUCAGGUGAUCAAGAUUGAAGAUGUCAAGGAGGAAGAAGAUUAG